AUCAUUAAACGUUUUAUUAUUGAUCAUAAUCAUAAUUAUAUAGAAGGAUUAUGGCUUCAUGACUGAAAUUCGCAAAAAAGCUAACAUUAACAGCGUAAUGUUAUACAUGAAUAAGACAGAUUGGAAGAGGACCAGAGCAAUCGUUACUCCUGCUUUUUCAACCAAAAAGUUAAAAAUGAUAUCACCGCUUAUUGAAAGAAGUUGUGAUACAUUGGUUGAAAUAUUUAGUGACAUAAGUAGAAAGAACAAUGGUGCUGAGUUGUGGAGAAUAUUUGGACAGUUUAGUAUGGAAGUCAUUCUAGCAACU